AUGGCCCUCUUCGAUGUGGGGAAGCGCAUCCCGGGCAGAGGGAGCAGCGGGAGGAGGACCUGGGGGCUGGACUGCCGAGCCAGUCGGGCUGGGGAGAGGUUGAGCAGGAAGCAGAUGGCCGCGUGGGCAGGAAGUGUGCUGCACCAGGAGGGGCGCGUGGGCCGGGGCGCUGCUUUCACCACAGGCUCCAAGGCAGCGGCCACACCCCCAGAACCUCCUGGGUCAUCUGCUCCGUGGCACGCGGAGGAGAUGGAGCUCACGGGGGCAGGGGUCGCCAGGGGGCUGCCCAGGCCCAGGCUGACCGCACCCCCACCCCCACAGCCACCUCGCCGGGGCCGGAACCAGCCCAUCAACGUGAACCAUUACGCCAACAAGAAGAGCGCGGCCGAGAGCAUGCUGGACAUCGCUCUGCUGAUGGCCAACGCCUCCCAGCUGAAGGCCGUGGUGGAGCAGGGCCCCGACUUCGCCUUCUUCGUCCCCCUGGUGGUCCUCAUCUCCAUCUCCCUCGUGCUACAGAUCAGCGUGGGCGUGCUGCUCAUCUUCCUCGUCAGGCACGACCUCAACGACCCUGCGAAGCACGCCAAGCUGGACUUCCUCAACAACCUGGCCACCGGCCUGGUCUUUAUCAUCGUCGUGACCAACAUCUUCAUCACCGCCUUUGGCGUCCAGAAGCCCGUGGUGGAUGUGGCGCCCCAGCAGUAGGGGCUCAGAGCCCUCUGGCCCCUC